AUGUUUUCCAUAUUUGAUGCGUCGUCGUUCACUGAUGUCAACAGAAAACUUACCCCACCAGAAACUCCGAUACGCACUUCAACCACCAAUACUACACAAGUGGAUGACAGUAAUGCACUCAUUAUCGGAUUCGAACAAAAACAAAUCAAGACACAUAAUAUAGUGGGUGCUAGAUUCAGAAGCAAGACCGGUUGUUUGAACUGUCGCAAGAGAAAGAAGAAAUGCGAUGAGACAUCACCUGUGUGCCAAGCGUGCCAAGUGAGGAAUCAAAAAUGUGUCUGGCCGGACUUGUCGAAAAAGACCAACAGUCGAGUUCUGAAGCCAGGUGCCUCAACCAUCAAGCAAAGACUGCCACCCAUGCGUCUAUCAUCACUGGAUAGCAACAGCUCCUCUACUGAAAGUGUGUCCUCUGGAAGGACUCAAAGUGGGUCAUCAUCAUUAAGAACAUCGCCAGCAACAAAAUCUACAUCACCGUCAUCGUCAAGUUUACUGUUGUAUCGUGCUGCUAGACCUUCUAGAAAAUAUGAUAAUACUCUAUUAUCUUUUGAUCCGGCACAUAUGACGCCUGCAUUACCCAUUUCAUCAACUCGAAAUGAUACAGAGACAAAGAAUGUAACAGAAAAUGAAGAUAAGCUGCUGCUGCAUGUUGUGACGGGUUUAAGUGUGCUUACUGGUAUAGUAGACUUUGAUAACGAUGUCGAAGAAGCUAUGGAUGAUGUAGGCCAUUUGAACAUGAAUGUUUUAUUCACGUAG